UUUGCUGCCAUAAUGACCGCCUCCUCUGGCUUUUGGAAUUUUGGCCGAUGUCUAUGAACAUUUGCGUUCCUGAUAACAAGGGUGUUUGUAAGUUGCUUAAAAUGGAGACAUAUGUCGACUUCUUUAAUUGGCUUGACCACGACACAUUGAUGAGGAUUCUCAUAUGUUUGGAGGAUCCAUCUGAUCUUGUUCGUGUUAGUUCUGUUUCACGUUCUUGGCGAGAGUUUGUGAUUGUGAAUGGUCUUUGUAAGCAGCUGUGCUUGAGAAGGUUUCCUUGUUUGCAUAGAGUAGAUCAUGUCAUUGAACCAAACUGUGGCAUGAAAAACCCUUCAGAAGAUGGAUGCAGCAAAUCUGUAGAAUGGGAAACUCUGGAGAGGGAGCACAGAGUAUAUGCUUUUUUAGCUCGAGGUUGUACAUCAUUUGCUCUUAGAGAGUGCAUUGCUGAUGCAAUAAGUGCGUCUAGCACUGACAAUUAUCCAGAGGAAAGCAUUCAUAAUACCCUUGAACCAAGAGACAGGGUUGCAUGGGGAGCUUCAUAUUGGUCAAGUAAAGGGCAAAGUGAUUCUGCAUCAUGUGAGAUGCUUACAUAUAAGCUUGUUGCUGAUAUUUGUGUCAUCAAUGAAAUCAGUAUACGGCCUUUUCAAGCAUUUUUUCAGCGGGGUUCACCAAUAUAUUCUUCCAAAUCGGUGCGCUUUCGGAUGGGUCAUACCAAAGCCCCAGAGGAUGAAUUCACGGGUGAGCCAAGUGAUAAUUGUGCUAAUGACAAUUUCAUAUGGACUUACACUUCACCAGAGUUUGCAAUGGCUCAGGAGAAUCGCUUGCAGAAGUUCAAGCUUCCAGAGCCUGUUCUUUGUAUAGGUGGAAUUUUGCAAGUUGAGUUGUUGGGUAGGGUUCAGAAACAAGAAAUGGAUGGCUUAUUCUAUUUAUGCAUAUCUCAUGUUCAAGUUUUGGGCCGACAAUUAUCACCUCCAUUUAGUGUUGAAAUUCUUGAACCUUCUGGAAAGUUUGUUUUAAAAGCUCACAGUUACACGCAACCAAGCUUACCUGAAAAUGGAUCCUGCCUAAUCCCUAAUGCACAUUUGGAGGAGCGUGCAGGAGAUCUACAGCAGUUCAUGGAUUUGCUACAGGAAGGUUUAGUUUUUGAGUAUGGUUGGCAUGAAGAUGAUGAAUUAGAUGAAGAGAUGCCUCUCUGAGCCUACUUGCAAGAAUACAUUUUAACAAAUGGAAGUGUGGACAUAAGUGAAGAGUGAAUAUGGGAACCCUUUCCGACCUAGAUGUGCAGUAUCUCUGAUGUGUAAUUGAACUUAUGCCAUCUUUUGUGACUGGAGAGGAAUGCGGUUUCUAUUUUUUUUUUUAAUCUGACCUACCCUUUGGGUGGCUCUUUUGAUCUUUAUUUCAUUAGAUUGAGGUCUUGGUGCACUCAUUAAUGGCUUCUGUUGCAUUAUCAGUAUUCAUAGGCCGGUAUAAUUGUGGAGACUCCGACUAUUAGAAAAGAGAAAAUGGUUUAUGGCCUUA